AUGAUUGAUGAAAAACAAAAAGAUGAUUGCAAGUCUACUCAACAAGCCAAUCAAAAAAUCAAGAUUGAUAGAUUGCUUAAAGAGGAUAGCCUUUUGAGAAAAUUAAUUACAAACCCAAACAGAGUUUUAG